UUUUUUAUUCAAGCGGUUUGCAUUGUUCCAAUUACCGUCAACCCCGUUCAAAUCCUAAUCGAUGAGUUCUAAUCGGCCUAAACACAUCAAACCUUCUCCAUCUUCAAUGUUUGUUGGGGCUUCACCUGAUGCUAGAUUAGUUUCUCCAUGGAUGGGAGAUCGUACUCCUCGUUCGGCUGGUAUGUUAUUCGGUACAGCUAGUGGUGCUUCUCCUUGGGACUAUGCGUCUCCGUCUCCAGUUCCAAUACGAGCCUCUGGAGCAUCAAUAAAAUCUUCAAGCUCUAGAUAUGGUCGGACAUCUCAUCAAGUUAGCUUUUCAAGGGAAAGUUCAGAAUCAUUUGAGGAUGAAGGAGAUAAGACGGGUCUUGCAGAAGAACACAAUUACGAGAUUACAGAAAGUAUGCGCUUGGAGAUGGAGUACAAUUCAGACCGUGCAUGGUAUGAUAGAGAAGAAGGAAACACCAUGUUAGAUGCGGAUAGUUCAUCAUUUUUCCUCGGGGAUGAAGCUUCAUUCCAAAAGAAAGAAGUAGAUUUGGCCAAAAGACUGGUUCGAAGAGAUGGGACUAGAAUGUCGCUUGCUCAGAGCAAAAAGUUAUCUCAGCUUACUGCUGAUAAUGCUCAGUGGGAAGAUCGGCAGCUGUUGAGAUCUGGAGCUGUUAGAGGUACUAAGGUGCAAACUGAGUUUGUGUAUGAGGAUGAACGCAAGGUGAUUCUUCUUGUACAUGAUACAAAACCUCCAUUCUUGGAUGGCAGAAUUGUUUUCACCAAACAAGCAGAGCCAAUCAUGCCCAUAAAAGAUCAUACAUCGGACAUGGCUAUAAUUUCGCGCAAAGGAUCUACACUAGUUAGGGGAAUUCAUGAGAAGCAAAGCAUGAAUAAGUCACGCCAACGAUUUUGGGAGCUUGCAGGCUCUAAGCUUGGUGAUAUCCUUGGAGUUGAGAAAACAGCAGAACAGAUUGACGCUGACACUACGGAAGUAGGCGAACAUGGUGAAAUUGAUUUUAAGGAAGAUGCCAAAUUUGCACAGCAUUUGAAGAAGGGGGAAGCUGCAAGUGAAUUUGCUAAGUCCAAAAGCAUAGCAGAGCAGCGACAAUACUUGCCCAUAUAUUCAGUGCGAGAUGAGUUACUGCAGGUGAUUCGAGAAAAUCAGAUAGUUGUUGUUGUGGGUGAAACUGGCUCUGGAAAAACAACUCAACUUACACAGUAUCUUCAUGAAGAUGGAUACACUAAAAAUGGUGUAGUUGGUUGCACCCAACCUAGGCGUGUGGCUGCCAUGAGUGUUGCAAAAAGAGUUAGUGAAGAGAUGGAGACUGAGUUGGGUGAUAAAGUUGGCUAUGCCAUACGUUUUGAAGAUGUGACUGGGCCAAACACCAUAAUUAAGUAUAUGACUGAUGGAGUUCUCCUUCGUGAAACAUUGAAGGAUGCUGAUCUUGACAAGUAUCGUGUUAUUGUAAUGGAUGAAGCACAUGAGAGAUCACUGAGCACAGAUGUGCUUUUUGGAAUACUGAAAAAGGUGGCUGCCCAGCGCCGUGAUUUCAAGCUUAUUGUGACAUCUGCAACUUUAAAUGCACAGAAAUUUUCAAAUUUCUUUGGAAGUGUGCCAAUAUUUCACAUCCCUGGUAGAACAUUUCCUGUCAAUAUUUUGUACAGUAAGACUCCUUGUGAGGAUUAUGUUGAAGCUGCUGUGAAGCAGGCCAUGACUAUUCACAUCACCAGCCCCCCAGGUGACAUCCUCAUCUUCAUGACUGGCCAAGAUGAGAUUGAGGCAGCUUGUUAUGCCCUUGCAGAACGAAUAGAACAGCUCAUCUCCUCCACUAGGAAAGGGGUGUCUAAACUUCUGAUACUCCCAAUAUACUCCCAGUUGCCUGCUGAUUUGCAAGCAAAGAUAUUCCAGAAGGCUGAAGAUGGAACUCGCAAAUGCAUUGUUGCCACCAACAUUGCUGAGACAUCCUUGACUGUAGAUGGAAUCUUUUAUGUUAUUGACACUGGUUAUGGUAAAAUGAAAGUCUAUAACUCUAAGAUGGGUAUGGAUGCUCUUCAAGUUUUCCCUGUCAGUCGUGCUGCUGCUGACCAGCGUGCAGGACGUGCUGGUAGAACUGGGCCAGGCCAAUGUUUUAGGUUGUAUACAGAGAGCGCUUACUUAAAUGAGAUGCUGCCUGCUCCUGUACCUGAGAUACAGAGGACCAACCUUGGCAAUGUGGUGUUGCUGCUCAAGUCUCUUAAAAUUGAGAACUUGCUAGAUUUUGAUUUCAUGGAUCCACCACCGCAGGAAAAUAUCCUUAAUUCUAUGUACCAGUUAUGGGUCCUGGGGGCACUUAACUGUGUUGGGGGCUUGACUGACAUUGGAUGGAAAAUGGUAGAGUUCCCAUUGGAUUCCCCACUUGCCAAGAUGCUGUUGACGGGUGAACGGCUACAAUGCAUAGACGAGGUUUUGACCAUUGUUUCAAUGCUUUCAGUCCCAUCAGUGUUUUUCCGACCGAAGGAUAGAGCAGAAGAGAGUGACGCAGCAAGGGAAAAAUUUUUUGUACCAGAAUCUGAUCACUUAACAUUGCUGAAUGUUUACCAGCAGUGGAAAGCUAAUCAGUAUCGAGGAGACUGGUGUAAUGACCAUUUUCUGCAUGUUAAAGGGUUAAGGAAAGCUAGAGAGGUGAGAUCUCAGCUAUUAGAUAUUCUCAAGACACUGAAAAUCCCGCUAACAUCCUGUGGAUAUGAUUGGGAUGUUGUAAGGAAAGCUAUAUGUUCUGCAUACUUUCACAACGCUGCAAGAUUAAAGGGUGUUGGGGAGUAUGUUAAUUGCAGGAAUGGAAUGCCAUGCCAUUUGCACCCAAGCAGUGCUCUUUAUGGUUUGGGUUAUACACCAGAGUAUGUUGUUUAUCAUGAAUUGAUUUUGACAACAAAGGAGUACAUGCAGUACGUUACAGCAGUGGAGCCACGGUGGCUGGCUGAACUAGGUCCCAUGUUCUUUUCUGUGAAGGAGUCAGAUACAACAUUGUUGGACUGUAAGAAAAGACAGAGGGAGGAGAAAACUGCCAUGCAGGAGGAAAAGGAAAAUUUGAGGAAGGAGCAAGCCGAGGCAAAGAGAGAAAGCAAGGAGAAGAAGAGACAGAAGAGAGCAAAGUGGCAGCAGCAAGUUUCACUGCCUGGGUUGCGACAGGGUUCUUCUACUUAUCUAAGACCGAAGAAGUUCGGUUUGUAAAUGCAAAUUACAUGAUAUCAAUAGUUGGAAAUUAACAACAAUUGUCGGCUCUUCUACUUAUCUAAGACUGAAGAAGUUCGGUUUGUAAAUGCAAAUUACAUGAUAGCAAUAGUUGGAAAUUAACAAAAUUGUCGGCUCUUCUACUUAUCUAAGACUGAAGAAGUUCGGUUUGUAAAUGCAAAUUACGUGAUAUCAAUAGUUGGAAAUUAACAAAAUUGUCCUCAGUUA